CUGCGGCCGCUUUACGACAGCCGUAAAGCGAUGGACUAACAAUAAUGAUACGAGAUAACUGAGCAGUGCUGCGUUACUUCACGCAUUCUUGUCCGCCUGAAGCUGUUAAAUCCCGACAAAGUUCAACCCCUCUGGUUCGCCAACUUCUCAGUCGUCGCCACGUCUGAGCCAAAGAGUUAUAUCCGUAUUCAGUGUCCCUCGGUGAGAGGAGAGCGACGAGAGCCAGUGGGAGAAGAAUUGCUUUUAGCCAGUCAUUGCCAUGGCCUCCGAGAGCGGCGAGAGCAACAUGGACAGAGAGAUGAUUCUGGCCGACUUUCAGGCAUGCACUGGAAUCGACAACAUUGCAGAGGCUAUCACUCUGUUAGAGCUUAAUAACUGGGAUUUAGUGGCAGCCAUCAAUGGAGUGAUACCACAGGAGAAUGGGAUCUUACAAAGUAACUUUUCCAGCGAGUCAAGCCAGGCCAGCAUGUUUGGACCUCCUAGUCAAUUAGAAGCAGCUGAUGCUGCAACAGCAGCAGCAGCAGCAGCAGCAGCAGCAGGAGGAGCAGCUCCUCCCCCCUCCUCUUCGUCCUCUUCCUCCUCUCCCCCGUCGUCCUCUGCUUCAGCUUUUUGCCCUUUCAACUCCUCGCGACACAUCGUAGAGCGUCAGCUCCGGAUGCUCAACUUCAAGGUGGAGUACCGGCAGCGCACCGUAGACCUGGUACUGGAGGAAGGCAGCACAGUCGGAGAAAUCAAAAAAAUCCUCGAGACAGAGCUUGGGGUUCCAGUGUCCAAAAUGCAGCUGAAGGGAUGGAAGAGUGGAGAUGUAUCUGAUAGUACGGUGAUGAGGAGUUUACACCUACCCAAGAACAACAGCCUCUAUGUCCUCACCCCAGACAUCGCCCCUACUGCCAGCACCAGCAAAAACAGUGCUCUUGAAGACUCGUUAAACCAGAACUUUCUGCUGGUCAUCAGCCACAGCGAGGCCCAGAGAGACUACAGCCUCAACUUCCCCGGCUCCAGAACCAUACAGGAAGUGAAGAGGAACAUUUCAGACUUGACAAACAUCCCAGUCCGGCAUCAACAAUGGGAGGGAUGGCCUGCAUCAGCAACUGAUGACUCUAUGACGCUAGCUGUCUCUGGAAUCAGCUAUCCCUGCCAUCACCUCAGUGUCUGUCGCAGAUCCUCCACAGCAAAUACCCAAGAGCCCACAGAAGAGUGCGCAGAUGUCCACAUGAUCAGUGACAGUGAGGGGGAUGAUUUUGAGGAUGCGUCAGAGUUUGGUGUGGACGAUUCAGAGAUGUUUGGAAUGGGCUCCUCAACCUGUCGGAAAACACCCAUGAUGCCAGAGAACAGUGAGAAUGAAGCUGAUGCCUUACUGCACUUUACUGCCGAAUUUUCCUCAAGGUAUGGAGAGACCCACCCAAUGUUCUUCAUUGGGUCUUUGGAGGCAGCGUCUCAAGAGGCCUUCUACGGCAAAGCCAGAGAUAGAAAGCUGCUGGCCAUCUACCUCCACAAUGACGACAGUGUUCUCAGCAACGUCUUCUGCUCCCAGAUGAUGUGCGCUGACUCCAUCGUCUCAUACCUGAGCCAGAACUUCAUCACAUGGGCAUGGGAUGUCACUAAAGAAGCUAACAAAGCCAGACUACUCACCAUGUGCACAAGGCACUUUGGAAGUGUGGUGACACAAACUAUACGGACAUACAAGACAGACCAGUUCCCCCUGCUCCUGGUAGUAAUGGGAAAACGAACGUCCAAUGAAGUUCUAAAUGUUAUUCAAGGUAAUACGACAGUGGACGAGCUGAUGAUGAGGUUGAUGGGAGCAAUGGAGAUCUUCACAGCACAACAGCAAGAGGACAUCAAAGAUGAGGACGAGCGCGAGGCGAGAGAGAUGGUGAAGAGGGAGCAGGAUGAGGCCUACCAACUGUCUUUAGAGGCAGACCGCAAGAAGAGAGAAGCCCAAGAACGAGAAGAGGCUGAGCAAGUUCGUCUGGAACAGAUGAGAAAGGAGGAGGAGGAUGAGAAGGAGGCAAUCCGCUUGUCAUUGGAGAAGACGCUACCGCCAGAGCCCGUCGAUGAGUCUGGAGAGCAAAUCAGCAAACUGCGAAUUCGCACACCAAGCGGCGAGUUUCUGGAAAGGCGUUUCCUGGGCAGCUGUCGGCUCCAGGUCCUUUUUGACUUUGUCGCGUCCAAGGGGUUUCCCUUCGAUGAGUUCAAGCUCCUCACCACCUUCCCUCGUAGAAAUAUCACCCAGCUGGAGCCAGGCUCAACUCUGCUGGAGGCCAAGUUGUUUCCACAGGAGACGCUCUUCCUUGAGGCUAAAGAAUAGGAACUGUCCCUCUGCCCACUGAGAGGACCCACUCAUUGACUGACUGAUGAACUGGCUGGACACACAGUAGUCACCGAGCAUGACCCCCACCCUCUCUCCCCCCAGUCUCGGCCUACAGUACACACACACACACACACACACUAAUACACAAUGAUGACACAUACACAAAUACACUGUCAUGCACAUCCAGUGACACACAAGUGCAAGUAAGCCUCCCUGCCCUCGGCCUGGUCGUGCUACGCGAUAACCCGGUGUACACGUGUUGCACAGAGGAGCAAAGACAUCAUCACAAGCACACAGCCAAAUAUUCACCUUAACCCCCCUCCCCACAUCUCUCACUCUCUCUCUUUUUCUCUCUCUUUUUCUCUCUCUCUCUCCCCCCGCCCCCCCAACUCCUUUGACACACUACACAAAUUCAUCUUCCAGACUGCAGUCAUGGUUUUCUCUCACCACACACACACACACACACACACACACACAUAUAUAGUAAAAUAACAUUGUUGAGAGACACAAGAAACCCCCCCGCCCCGCCCCCCUCAAAAAAAAACAAGGACUUGGCCCCCCCUUCGUUUUACACAUUCAACGCACCAAGGCUGCUUUUU